CAUGAAAAUAGAGGACCAGGGAGCCAAGAAGGGGCGACUGCGGUGGGUGGGUGGUUGGGAGGCAGGGGUGCUUGAGAGGAAAUGCUGAAGCAAUGCCAGGCAUUUCUUACAAUGCACCCUGCGUAAGAUUACAUUUAUAUCCUAAUCUGUAAGCACUCCUUUAAAUAAAAGUAGCCGGCUCACAGCUGCCACUGUUUGUCAGCCCAGAGGACUCUCCUGGCCUCUAAGGUUUUCCAGAAGGGGUCUAUUCAGACUCUCCCACGGAGCUCCCACAUGCCUUUUCCCGCAGGACAAGACUUCUGUGUGCUGCAGACAAUCAGAGAACAAGUUCAGAGAGGUUGGAUAUUGAAUGCCACUAUCUAAUGAUACAUGGAUUACAGGGCAAUCGUGUCUAUCGCAUCUGGUCCCAUCUCAAGUAGGUGGAAGCAGUGAUGGGCGAUUGGAGUCUUCUGGGAAAUAUCCUUGAAGAAGUACAAGAACACUCGACAUCAGUGGGAAAGGUUUGGCUCACUGUUCUCUUCAUCUUCCGAAUCCUGGUGCUGGGCACGGCAGCUGAGUCCUCGUGGGGAGAUGAGCAAUCCGACUUCGAGUGCGACACUCUGCAGCCUGGUUGCACCAAUGUGUGUUAUGACAAAGCUUUCCCCAUCUCGCACAUCCGCUACUGGGUGCUGCAGAUUGUAUUUGUUUCAACCCCCUCCCUCAUCUACAUGGGACACGCUUUGCACACCGUCCGGAUGGAGGAGAAGAAGAGACAGAGGGAGCAGGAGGACCAGGCCCCGAGCGGACAGAAGGACUACCUAGAAGAAAAGCUGGAGGUGUCCACCAGGGAGGAAGCGAUGGGGAAGAUCAAGCUGAAAGGGGCGUUGCUGAAGACGUACGUCUUCAGCAUCCUCAUCAGAACUGUCCUGGAAGUGUCCUUCAUUGUGGGACAGUAUCUCAUAUAUGGUGUCCUCCUCAAGGCUCUCUACACCUGCGAAAACUGGCCUUGUCCCAACAAGGUCAACUGCUACAUGUCGAGGCCGACGGAGAAGAACGUGUUUAUUGUAUUCAUGCUGGCGGUGGCCGCGCUCUCGCUCUUACUCAGCUUGAUAGAGCUCUACCACCUGGGCUGGAAGAAACUCAAGGCGAUCAUGAGAGCUUAUGCAGCCUCCCACGCUCCUGUGCUGGACUCCAAGGAGCCCGAAAAUCCAGCAGGGCCGUCCAGGGCUUGCACGCCCCCUCCAGAUUUCAAUCAGUGUGUCACGGCCCCCGAGACGGGGUGCAACCCCUUCAACAACAAGAUGGCCAACCAGCAGAACUCCGUCAACCUGGCCACCGAGCGCCACCAGAGCCGGGACAACCUGGAUGGUGAGGACUUCCUCCAGAUGAGUUACAUGCAGGGAAGUGACUCCUCCAACACGUCGGCCCCCCCUAACUUGCACAACGGCUUUUGUAAGGAUAAGCGCAGGCUGAGCAAGAACAGUGGAUCCAGCAACAAAUUGAGAGUUGACGACUUAGCAGUUUAAUACACAGUGCUGGGCUUUGCUGCUGUACAACACAAAGGCUGCGGAGAAGGGUUUUGCAGCACUGAAGUAUUCUGGCUUAAUGGGUGUUACUGGUUUAGGUUUACCCUUAAUAUGGAAGCUGUUGCUGAUGCCUCAAAGUGUGAGCUGGUCUGUACUGCUAAAUACAGUACCAUCCUGGUGGCAUUUUUAUAUAGAAAUAAAUAAUAAUUAGUCCGUUACUGAUUCUGAAUUUGCAGAAGGUGUAGCUUGACUGCUGUUCACCAAACACUUGCUGGAUAAAACCAUGACAGGUUACAACAGAAAUAAGGAAUAAUCGACCAGACAUGGCUGCAGAGAUGCAGAAUGGAGUAGAAUGGAACUUAUCACAUCACAAGCCCUUCAAUGUCACUUGAAUUCACUGUACAACUUAAGAAAAAACAAAAGAUGAAGCCUGAAUUUGUUUUUUAUUGAUUUCUGGGGAGCAUCUAACUUAGGCACGUCUACAUAUAUAGAGCCAAACAGAGAUAUUACAUACCUGGGACAAAAAUGUUUUAUAACCCUCUGGAUUUUAUUUAACUAAAUACUCCUUUUUAACACAUUUCUUUUUAUUUACUCCUUAUUUACUUUAAAACAUCAAUUAAAAGAAAAUAACAGUUGCUAUGUAUUACAUUCAUUACAUCUAAUUGACUUUUUCUGCUUUUUAACCUCUGAUGCUAUGUGCUGAUGUGAUACAAUCCACUUCAGUGUCUAGACAAGAGAAGCUUCUAGCAAAUCCAAGGGCAAAGCCAGAGAGAUGAGGUCAUGUCUGCAAUGCAGUCUUCUGUUUAUGGUCAGGUGAGGCUUUGGAGUGGACAGGUGGUUGUUUCAGGUUGCUGGGAAUUGUGGUUCUACAGAAUGUGUGGAGUUAAAGGUAUUCAGACCCAAAUUACUACUUCCAAAAGUUACACAUUCAUCUGUACACAAUACAAGCCACAUUCUGGGUUUGCAGAGCCUGAAUAUACAUUUACCCAUAAAGUAAGCAAUGUUGCCUACUGCAAUCCCAAAUUACAUCUGUUCUAGCUUCCAUUUUUCAUUAUAGAAGUGAUGUUAUUGAUUAAAAAGGCAUAUCUCUAAGUCUGCAUUAUUAAAAUAAGAUGCAACAAUCCAAUACAUUUUAAAAUGUCCCAUCAUAAUCCUAAAGGAUUCCAUUUAAAUGAGCAAAAUUUCUUUAGCUUUGGAACUUCAAAAAACCUGUCAGAACUAAAUUGACUAAAAUAUCCAAUGAUAUUAUCCAGACAUAUUCUAUUCCUCCUUUAUCAUUAGAAACAGUGGAUGCUUCUUUGCAGUAUUUUGUAGCAUUAUUUUUACAGUAAUAAGCAGUUGCUUAUUACUCUCCUCACCUAAACAGUUCAUUUAUUUCCAAUCAGUUUGAACAGUUGUAGCUGUCGUGGGUAAAUGCUGAUGACUUCCUUUCAAACCAUCAAACCAUCCACGAUCAGAAAGCUACUGUACCUAUUCCUGUUAAGGUUCUCAGCAACCUCCCAAAAGCUCAUCCGAAAGGAGCAGAAGAUGGGGCUACACAGACAUGCGGACACUUCAGAGAUACUGAUUAACCUACAGUAGCUCAUAGGUCUCUGGAAGGUCAGAGGUAACUUGCACAUGCCACGAAAGCCCAUGAGAUCAAGG